AUAAAAGUCUUUGCUCUUGUUUUCCUCUUUUCUUCAUAUUACUGUUCAUUUCUACUAUAUCUAUUACUAUAUCUAUUGAUAUACAGCAGACAUGUGUGGAAUCUUUGCCUGCCACCAUCACCCGGACGUCAUCGCGUUCAAGCCGAAGGCGCUCCAACUCGCCAAGCUUCUUCCUAGCAUCCGUCAUCGUGGUCCUGACUGGAGUGGAAACUUCAUCAAGAACAAGACGAUCAUCGCCCACGAGCGUCUCGCCAUCGUCGGUCUCGACACUGGUGCGCAGCCUCUGUUGAACGAGGACCAGUCCAUCUCCCUCGGCGUUAACGGCGAGAUCUACAACCAUGUCGUUCUCCGACACAAGCUCUUCCCGGACUAUCCGUUCAAGACGCAGUCUGACUGCGAGGUCAUCAUUCCUCUUUACCAAAAAUUUGAUAUCGACUGCCCCAACCACCUGGACGGCAUGUUUGCGUUUGUUCUCUACGACGCCGAGAAAGACCGCACGAUUGCGGCGCGCGACCCGAUCGGAAUCACGUCGCUGUACAUGGGUCGCUCGUCGAGCACGCCCGGCGCGGUCUACUUUGCGUCCGAGAUGAAGUCGCUGGCGGAGGUGUGCGACGACAUCUCGGUGUUCCCGCCCGGCCAUGUGUACGAUUCCGCGACCGACAAGUUCACGCGGUACUUCAAGCCGACGUGGUGGGACGAGGAGCGGGUGCCGACGACGCCGCUUGAUUUGAAGGCGAUCCGGACCUCGCUCGAGACUUCCGUGCGCAAGCGUCUGAUGUCUGAGGUUCCCUACGGCGUGCUUUUGUCUGGCGGUCUUGACUCGUCGCUGAUUGCGUCGAUUGCGGCUCGCGAGACGCGCAAGGCGCAGGCGAUCGACACCGCGACGACGACGUCGACGCUCACGGGCGUGGACGAGGACGGACACUUGUCUGGCGCCGCGUCGUGGCCGCGACUGCACUCGUUUGCGAUCGGUCUGCCGGGUGCGCCGGAUUUGAUUGCCGCGCGCAAGGUGGCGGACUUUAUCGGCACCGUCCACCACGAGCACACGUUCACGCUGCAGGAGGGUCUCGACGCGCUCUCGGACGUGAUCUACCAUUUGGAGACGUACGACGUGACGACGAUCCGCGCGUCGACGCCGAUGUACUUGCUCAGCCGGAUGAUCAAGGCCGGAGGCGUGAAGAUGGUGUUGUCGGGCGAGGGCUCGGACGAGAUCUUUGGGGGGUACUUGUACUUUGGUGCAGCGCCGAGCGCGGAGGAGUUCCAUGCGGAGACGGUGAAGCGGGUGAAGAACUUGCACUUUGCGGACUGUCUGCGAGCGAACAAGUCGACGUGCGCGUGGGGAUUGGAGGCGCGCGUGCCGUUUUUGGAUAAGGCGUUUUUGGAGCUGGUGAUGAACAUUGAUCCGAAGGAGAAGAUGAUUACAAAGGAGCGGAUCGAGAAGUACAUUCUGCGGAAGGCGUUCGACACUACGGACGAGCCCGAGACGGAGGCCUACCUCCCCGCUGAGAUCCUGUGGCGCCAGAAGGAGCAGUUCUCUGACGGCGUGGGCUACAGCUGGAUCGACUGCCUGAAAGACACAGCCGAGAAGUUUGUCUCGGACGAGGACUUUGCGAACCCGAAGCCGCAGUGGGGCGAGGACGUGCCGACGACGAAGGAGGCGUACUGGUACCGGUGCAUGUUUGACGAGCAUUUCCCGACCAAGACGUGCGCGGACACGGUCAUGAGGUGGAUCCCGAAGGCGGACUGGGGAUGCGCUGCUGAUCCGUCGGGACGGUUUGUGAAGAGCCAUGUGAAGUCGGUGGAUGCUUAGAUGGUUUGAAGUGUUUGUUGUUUGUACCGUAUACUAAAUGUUUUUUUAUAUGUUUUGUUUUGUUUUAUUUGCUAUAGCUGUUGUGUUGUUGAGUACGUGUGCACUGCAGUACAGCGCGUGAGUACAAUACAGAAAAGUAUAUAGACCAGUUAACCCAUCUUCUUAGUUGUUAUUAAUAAUAUGUUAUAUAAUA